GGCAGCUCGAGAAGUGAAGGAGACGCACAGCAGCAGAGAUCCUUCAUAUCUGAGAAGAACAAACCAGUUGAAGACUGAGCCUUCAGUAGAUCCUCCACUCAAUAAUUUAAAAGCUUUAAAAUGAAGACAAGUGUUGCCAUCCAGUGCAUCGUUCUCCUGGCCUGCAUGGCCCUUUGCACUUCACAUGUUAUUCCAAGGUGCCGGUGUUUGAAGCCCAGUAAGUCUGUAAGAGGUCCCAUCACUGAAGUUAAGGUGGAUGAGCCUCGUCCAUACUGCAACAGGAGAGAAGUCAUAGUCACACUGAAGGAUGGGAGUGAACGGUGUCUCGAUCCUGAGUCUAAAUUCACCAUAAUGCUGCUAGAAAAACUGAAUCAGAUGAAAAAUACGACCAUCAGCCCUCAAACAACCACAUCACCAGCCGCAGUGCCAGAAUCAUCAUGAUCCACUUUGCAUGUUUAGCGCUGGUACAACAUGUGUCGAUCAAGAAGGAGCAGCACAGCUCGGGUUCUCAUCACAAAAUAUAAAUGCAAAGUAGACAGUGACAGCUACAACUGACAGCAAGUUGUAAACAGAUUUAAUAUCAGAUGUAAAAUAUUUAUUAUCCAAGUUCUCAGUCAUUUUUUUCCGGAGACAAU